AUGGCGACCUCGACGUCAGGAGAAAGCGAAUAUCGCCAAUACCUCCCGGACCUGAGCAUCCCGCGCUUCACGACCAUGGCGAAACAAGACGCCCACGUCUACGCCACGGCGUUCAAGGAGUCCGGGAUCCCGCCGUGGCUGCACGCCCUGUACAAGCACUGGCUGGAACUGCUCAAGGAGCCGUUCAAGGGCGUGACCAAUGACGGCGUCGUGCGCCCGGGCAUGUUCAAGAUCCAGGACGAAGGCGUGCCCAUUGACGGCAUCGUCGCCGCGGCGCAGGCGCUCAUGAGCCAGCUGACACCAGCGCAGGUCGCCAAGCUCUCGCACCACAUCGACUCGCCCGAGUGGCGUACCUGGUCGAAUCCAGAGUUCCUCCUCAGCGACAAGGGCGUCCGGCUGGACGAGCUCGAGCCGGGCGUGCGGGACGGUGUGAUGGCCGUGCUCCGCGCGACGCUCUCGCCCGAGGGCUACGACAAGGCCGUGGCGGCGAUGCGCAUCAACGGGUUUCUGGGCGAGCUGGUCCAGGGCACGGCCGUGAUGAACGAGUUCUCGUACAACUUUGUGCUGUUCGGGCAGCCGUCGACCACGGCGCCGUGGGGCUUCAGCUUCUACGGCCACCAUCUGUGCCUGAACGUCUUCCUCUACCGCACCCAGAUGCUCAUCUCGCCGUGGUUCACGGGCGCCGAGCCCAACAUCAUCGACGAUGGGCCGUACAAGGGCACGCGGAUCCUGCACGAGGAAGAAAAGCUCGGGUUGCAGCUGAUGCAGUCGCUGCCCGCCGAGCAGCAGCGCAAGGCCCAGGUGUACAAGGAGAUGAAAGACCCGGCCAUGCCCGAGGGGCGGUGGAACCACGACGACCAACGCCACCUGUGCGGUGCGUAUAGAGAUAACCGUGUCGUACCCUACGAGGGCAUCCCGGUGUCCUCGCUCACCGCCGACCAACAGUCCCUCGUCGACCAGAUCCUCACCCAAUACCUCCUGUACCUGCCGCAGCCCGCGCGCUCGAUCCGGCUAGACCAGUGCCGCGCCCUCUACCACGAGACAUACUUCUGCUGGAUCGGUGGCUUCGCCAGCGCGGACCCAUUUUACUUCCGCAUCCAGAGCCCCCUAGUGCUCGUCGAGUUCGACCACCAUAGCGGCGUCUUCUUGAACAACAAGGACCCGGCCAAGUUCCAUAUCCACACCCUGCUGAGGACCCCGAAUGGCGGGGACUAUGGGUACGCAUUGAGGCCGUUGUGCGAAGGGAGCGUUAAGCAGGAGUUUGUGUGGAAGGGCGACAGGGAGUGA